AAUAACCUCAUAAUACGUCAGAAAAAACACUGCUUUUUUCGAUAAUUAAGCCCCAUUUUUUGCAAAAAUACGUGGCCCAGUGCACGUUUUACCAUUGCAUGCCCAUAAAAUUAUGCAUUUUGGACCCCAUGCUAAAGUAGCAAUUGGCUGGGUGGUUUGUACUGUGGGAGGUCUCUAUUCGUUUUACUUGGCCAAGACUAUCAUAGACAAACGGCGCUAUGAUAAUAUGAAAGCGAGACAACGCAUGAGAGAGUCCAACGUUGGAGAGUACCAGCCGAGCUACAGGAAGUUCACUUCAUAA